AUGUCACAGAGGGCAUCGAGAAAAGGCGGCGCGGCCAGGAAUACUCCGCAACCAGACGAAUCCACAGCCAGUACGACCAACAGCGAGAAGAGCCGGAGGACGGCAACUUUGAGCCCCACCAGGUUCAGUCGUAUUCAGGAAAAACACGAGCUACAGAAUUUGAAUAACCGUUUGGCCGCCUACAUUGACCGCGUCAAGUACUUGGAAACCGAAAACUCCAAAUUGACCCAACAGCUCCAUUCUUCGGAAGAAGUGACAACCCGGGAGGUGUCCAACGUCAAGGUAUUAUUUGAGUCUGAGCUUGAAGAUCUAAGAAAUGCAUUGGACCGUGAAGCUAAACUAAAGAGCCGCCUUGAGUUAGAGUCUAGGCGUAAAACUUUAGAAGUCGAAGAGCUCAAAACAAAGCUCGACAAUGUUUCAAAAGAAUUGAAAGAAACUUCACCAUAUGUAGCUCGAUUUAAUGAAUUAAAUUCUAAAUUUGGUCAGACUUUGAUCGACAAUAAGAAUUUAAAAGACGCUAAUAAGAAAUUGACCAAAGAAUUAACAUUGGAGAAGAAAACCGUUAAGGAUAAUCAAAAAAUAUUAGAAGAAGAAAUUUUACAAAGAGUUACAAUUGAAAACAAAUUACAAAGCAUGAUGGAAAAUUUCAAAUUUAAAGAAGAGGUUCAUAAACAACAGCUCAAUGAUACAAGAACUAGCCGCCGUACCGAAGUUAUUACUGAAGUCGAUGGACGUUUAGUUAAAGAAUAUGAAGAUAAAUUACAAUCUGAAUUACAAAUGUUACGACAACAAGCUGAAGAAGAUGUCAAACGAAACAAAAAAGAAAUUUCUGAUUUGUUUGAUAGCAAGUUUCAAAAUUUGGAAAAUGAAUUGCAACGCAAAAAAAAAGCUCUGGAAGCAGCUCAAGAAGAUAUCAAUAUGGCCAAUUCGCGUGUUAGUGAAUUAACGCAACAAAUAAAUGAUUUAUUGUCCUCAAAUAAUGAUUAUUUGAGGAAAAUUACCGAUCUAGAACGAUCUAGAGAACUUCAAAGAACUAAAUAUAUAUCUGAAAUUCAAGGUCUUGAUCAACAAUUAACAGCUAUGCAAGAUGAUAUGUCCCAGAAAGUACAAGAAUAUCAAGACUUAAUGGAUAUAAAAGUGGCACUGGAUAUGGAGAUUAGUGCUUAUCGAAAAUUAUUAGAGAGUGAAGAAAGGAGGUUGAGUAUUACUCCAAAUACUUCUGUGGUUGGCAGUCCCAGAGGCAAAAAAAGGAAAUUGUUCCAACGUGACGAAACAGAGUAUGAAGUUUCUAAUAUUAUCACUGCUUCAUCAACUAGUGAUAUUGAAAUUUGUGAAGUGUGUCCUGAUGGACAGUUUGUAAAAUUAUACAACAAAGGAUCAAAGGAGUUUGCAUUGAGUGGAUAUGAAUUAGUACGCACUACUGCUGAGCAAAAUGUUUCUACAGUAUUCAAGUUUCAUCGUUCUGUAAAACUAGGAGCUGGUAAUUGGUUAACUGUAUGGUCUUCGACUGCCAGUAAUCAAAUACACGAACCUAGUGCUGGAUCAAUUGUCAUGAACAUCCAAGCUUGGGUUGUUGGUGAACUUAUGGCUACAAUACUUUUGAAUCCUGAAGGACAAGAAGUAGCUACUCAUGAACUUAAAAAAGGACAAGUUUCCCAUUCACGAGCUAAUGAAGGAUAUGGUGAUUAUGAAACAGAAUUGUUCCAUCAACCAGGUGAUCCUCAAUCUACCGACAAAUGUGUUAUCAUGUGA